UAAUUAAUCUCUACACUUCUCUCUCUGCAAUUACUCCUUGAGAGUCUCUCUCUCUAGACUAUUGAGUAUUGCUGACUUGAGCGUCGGAGUGUUUUCCCCGAGGAAACAACCUCAGGAUUUUCAGGAGGUCGCCCUCCAAGAAAUGAAAUGGACGAACAGGAGGACGCUCAAGUAUCUGAGCCCGGCUUGAAUGACUUUAGGCCAAUGCCAAGAAACCUUUUUGUUGGGGGAGCCGAACAGGAUCACCUAAGUGAAACAGAUGAUGAAAGAACACCGACUGGGUCAACAGAACCUGCUCGGACAACCGAGCUCGAAGAGAGAACUAGAGUUCUCGAAAUGGAAAUGGGUAAAAUCCUUGCCCGUUUGAUUCCUGAUGACCCCUUGAUUCCUUUGCUGAACAGGGAUGCACAACCAGCUGCGGUUGUUUUGCGAGAUGUACAAAAGUCUAUUGACGAGCUGAAAAGUCCCAGGUCGCACCAACAGACCCUGGACUUGGAUAGUGCUCCACUAAACUUAUCCAUUACAGCAGAGCCCUAUCAAGAGGGAUUCAAAAUUCCCCACCUGGAGACAUAUGAUGGCUCAGGUGACCUCGAUGAACAUCUGCACACUUAUCAAGCCAUCAUGAGAAUUCAAAAUGCAAAUGAUGCCAUGAUGUGCAAAGUGUUCCCGGCAAGACUCAAGAUAACAGCUAGGAGAUGGUAUCAUAAACUCCCCAAACACUCCAUAGAUUCUUAUUUCCAGCUCGCCAAGCUGUUCUCCAACAAAUUUGCAAGCCAAAGGGAGAUUAAGCGCACGGCGACCGAGCUUAUGCAACACAGUCGGUUACUAGACGACCUGCUCGAAAACCCACCGAAGACGUGGAAUGAAGUGAACGACAGGUCGACUAGCUUCAUACUGUCCAAAGAUUUUCAAUCGUCCAAGCGACGAGUUGACGAUAAGCAGAGCAAAGGCCACGAGCAACUACCGAGGAGAGAAGAAAAGAAAAAGCAAAAGGUCAGCGAACAGUGGGGGAAGUUGGCUGAUUUUCCAAAGUAUGCCAACUACAUUCCUUUAACCCUGCCAAGGUCUCAAAUCCUUGCGCAAAUCCAGCACUGGGUUAGAAGACCUCCACCCCCACAGUAUGAGUCCCUAAGGGAGGACAAGAGCAAGCAUUGUGACUAUCAUCGUACUUAUGGUCACAACACAGAAGACUGCCAACACUUGAAGGACGAACUGGAGUUCUUAGCUCACAAUGGGAAGCUAGAGGGAUAUGUUCAGAAACCUCACGCCCAACAACCCCUUCAAACUCAUUUUGUACACAGGUAUGACCGACCACAGGGGCAGGGGAACCAGCCCGGCGGGGCACAGAAUGCAUAUCAGGAUAGCCAGUAUCCUUUUGACCAGGGCAGGACAUACAGGGGACGCCCGUUCAACAGGAGAGGACAGGGGCAGAGAGCUGCUGCCUUGAACCAAAGAGAUAGGAAAGGGGUAGGCUAUGUUGGAAUACCCCCGCCCUCGGGAACAAUAAACAUGAUAUCAGGUGGUGUUCACUCUGGGGGCCAAAGCGCCCGAGCCCGUAAGGCAUAUGCCCGGCAGAUGAUGACUGUCAACAAAAACAGACCCUUGAAGCGGCCGUUUGAGGAAGCAGAAUGGGAGAAUACACCUAUCAAAUUCAGCCCGGCAGAUUACAAGCGAGUAGAAGGAGUGCCUGGCAUUAUGAUGCCCCAUGCAGAUCCCUUUGUGGCAACGGUUCAUAUAGGCAAUCAUAAUGUCAAGAAGGUGUUUAUUGAUACUGGCAGCUCACCAGAUAUUUUAUACUGGAGCUGUUUUCAAAAGAUGCAGCUGAAUCCGGACUCACUACAGAAGUAUGAAGGGCCCAUAUACAGGUUUGAUAAUCAGCCCGUCCCGGUCGAGGGAGUUAAAACUCUUCCUAUAUAUGUGGGCUCAGAACCAUGCUUCAGAAUGGCUUCCGUCACUUUCCUGGUUGUUAAGAUGGAAUCAGCUUUUAAUGCUAUAUUAGGAAGAGCCACCCUGUGCGAGCUGAGGGCUGUCGUCUCACAACCCCAUCUUUGCAUGAAAUUCCCAACUCCUCAGGGGGUAGGGGUGCUUAAAGGAAAUCAAAAGAUGGCCAGAGCCUGCUAUCAAGAUACUUUCAAAAAGGUUGAGCACGCUGCUGCCCCUUCAGGCUCCGAAAAUUGCAGACCAACCCAGCUCGAGCCAGUAGAGCCAGUAGAAACGGUUCCUUUAAACCCAGAUGUGCCAAAAAGGAUGGUUAAGAUCGGCACUAAGCUCACAGAAGAGGAACGUGCAGAGCUUCUGGAGUUUUUAAGCAGUAAUCAGGAUGUGUUUGCAUGGACUACGGAUGAAAUGCCUAGCAUCCUAGCGGAGUUGACAGUCCACAAGCUCAGCACGGACCCCACCAGAAGGCCGGUGGUGCAAAAACGCCCCCUUUUUGGCCUCGAGAAGCAAGCUGCCAUAAACAAAGAGAUACAAAAGUUGCUACAGGCAGGCUUCAUCAGAAGAGUGGAGUACUCCGAGUGGGUGUCCAAUCCCGUGCUCGUGAAAAAACCAAAUGGCAAGUGGAGGAUGUGCAUUAACUUCACCAAUUUGAAUGAGGUGUGUCCAAAAGACCCUCAUCCCUUGCCAAAUGUGGAAAACUUAGUAGAGCGGGUAGCUGGGCAUGAACGGAUGAGUUUUCUUGAUGCCAGCUUGUGUUACCACCAGGUCCAGCUGUUGCUAGACGACCAGGAAAAAAAAGCUUUUUACACUGGUGACGUAAUCUACUGCUAUGUCAUGAUGCCGUUUGGCCUCAAAAAUGCUGAAGCAACAUACCAGAAGCUGGUGCAAAUCAUCUUUAAGCUCAAGAUCGGCAGAAACAUAGAAGUGUCGGGUAGCUGCGCUGCACCGGUUUAUAGCCAGAUCGGCAGAAAGGUGCCUUUCGUUCUUCAAAACUCUCACCCUUGCUGUCCAAACCUGUCGAUGGGGAAUGUUUAUAUCUUUAUCUGGGAGUCACAGAAGAAGCGCGUCGAGCUGAGUGAAUAUGACCUGAAAUUUCGGCCGCGUACAACUAUAAAAGGCCAGGCCGUUGUGGACUUUCUGGUGGAGUGCAUCUCAGCAACUAAGGAAGAAAAAGCACCCGAACACCCAGUGUGGGUUUUGUACGUAGAUGGAGCUGCUAGUGUUGAAGGAUCGGGGGCUGUGGCUGUGUUAGUGGGCCCAGAUGGCUUUAAGUCCGAGCAUGCACUGAGGUUCAAGUUUCAGACAACUAACAAUGCUGCCGAGUAUGAAGCCCUUAUUUAUGGUUUAAAGCUGGCAGCCGAGUUGAAGGUACAGAACAUCCAAGUCUUCAGCGACUCUCAGCUCGUCGUAGGCCAAGUGAAAGGCAGCUGUGAAACCAGGGAUCCACAGCUUGGUCGCUAUGCCUCUGUGGUAAACAAAUUAAAGUCAAGAUUUGCUUCUUUUCAGAUCAACAAAAUACCCAGAGCAGAUAACCAGCGAGCUGACGAGCUGUUAAAGUUAGCCUCAUCGCAAGAGACCAACCCUCAUCGGCCAACAACAGUGGAGGUACUCGAUGCUUCGAGUUAUACCUAUUUCACAAUCGAGUGUCAGUUGCUUAGCACGGAUCCCUCUUCGCCGAGCUGGACUACCCCACUCAUAAGUUAUCUGCAAAGUGGCGAAUUACCCGAAGAUCUAUCCGCUGCGAAGUUGAUUAAACGUAGGGCGGCACAUUUCACUUUGUUAGAUAACCAGCUCUACAAACGAGCAGCCUCAAUGCCUCUACUACGCUGCCUUACUCCUUACGAAGCUGAAUACGCUAUGAGGGAAGUUCAUGAAGGAAACUAUGUCAAAAAAUGUCCGACCUGCCAGUUCAAUGCUGAUGAUAUACACAUGCCAGGGGAAAUGCGAUCAUCUCUCACGUCUCCCUGGCCCUUUGCUCAAUGGGGUGUCGACCUGCUCGGCCCUUUCAUCAAAGGCAAAGGAGGCUGCACUUUCCUGGUCGUUGCAGUGGAUUACUUCACUAAGUUCGGCAUACCUAAACGGAUUAUCGCCGACAAUGGGCCACAGUUUCGAGCAGCAGCACUAAGAUCGUUCUGUAACGACUAUGGCAUCGAGCUCGCCUUGACAUCCGUGUAUACUCCACAGUCUAACGAACAAGCCGAGUCGGCCAACAAAAUCGUCUUAUGAGGCCUCAAGGCACGUGUUGUAGCUGCACAUUCAAAUUGGGUUGACGAGCUCAAUAAAGUGCUCUGGUCUUG